AUGGACAGGUUAUUCAAAAACAAACCUCCUCAAACAGAAGAGGAUGACGAUCCCGCUCAGGCCGGAGUCAACAAGGCCAGUAAAGGAGGAAUCAACUACGGAGUGUACCUGCAGCUGGACAAAGUAAUCUCAGCUCAAGUCCUGCAAAGUGAGCUGAAGGGCAAUAAGAUCCACGAUGAACACCUCUUCAUCGUCACUCAUCAAGCUUAUGAGCUGUGGUUCAAGCAGAUCCUGUUCGAGCUGGACUCGGUGCGAGAGAUCUUCAUCAGCGGACACGUCCGAGACGAGCGCAACAUGCUGAAAGUGAACACCCGCAUCCACAGGAUCGUCAUGAUCUUCAGACUCUUAGUGGACCAGUUUGCCGUUUUGGAAACGAUGACGGCUCUGGACUUUUUCGACUUUAGGGAAUACCUGGCUCCAGCCUCCGGCUUCCAGAGCCUUCAGUUUCGACUCCUGGAAAAUAAAAUCGGGGUCCCCGACAACCUGCGGGUUCCCUACAACAGACGGCAUUACAGGGACAACUUCAAGGGCCACGAGAACGAGAUGCUGCUGGCCACGGAGAAGGAGCCCACUCUGCUGAAGCUGGUGGAGGAGUGGCUGGAGAGAACUCCUGGCUUGGAGGAGGACGGGUUUAAUUUCUGGAAAAUGCUGGAAAUCAAUAUCUUUGAUGGGUUGAAUCAGGAGGAGAAGAAGAUCCAGGAAAUGUCAGACGGCGAGGAGAAGGAGGAACUGAUGGCCGAGCUGGUCAAACAGAAGGAGGUCUUCACGUCUCUGUUUGACGAGAAGCGCCACGCCCACCUCGUCAGCAAAGGUGAGAGGCGGCUCUCCUACAAGGCUCUGCAAGGCGCCCUGAUGAUUUACUUCUACAGGGAAGAGCCGCGCUUCCAGGUUCCUUUCCAGCUGCUCACAUCCCUCAUGGAUAUUGACACCCUGAUGACAAAGUGGAGAUACAAUCAUGUGUGCAUGGUGCACCGGAUGAUUGGCAGCAAAGCUGGCACCGGCGGCUCGUCUGGAUACCACUACCUGAGAUCCACCGUCAGUGACCGCUACAAAGUGUUUGUGGACUUGUUCAACCUGGCAAAUUUCCUGGUGCCUCGCCACUGGGUGCCCAAGAUGAAUCCCAACGUUCACACCUUCCUGUACAUGGCCGAGUGCUGCGACAGCUCCUACUGCAGCAGCGAGGACUCAGACUAG